AUGGCCCCGUCUGCACUGACUCCGAUUGCAAGCCUCGAAGCAGAGGACCAUGCCCGUGAUGCGGCCUUCAACAAAGCCCUCCAUGGCAAAUCAGCACAAGCAAAAGGUGGCUUGUCAGCCUUACGCAAGAAGGAUCAGGCUGCUCAGAAACUUGCUGUGGACGAAUACUUCAAGCACUGGGAUAACAAGGCCGCCGCCAACGAGACGGAAGCAGAUCGUAAGGCGCGAAGGGAUGAAUACGCCACGUUGACCCGACACUACUACAAUCUGGCCACCGACCUUUACGAGUAUGGAUGGGGCACUUCCUUCCAUUUCUGUCGUUUCGCCAUUGGUGAAUCCUUCCACAAGGCCAUUGCCCGGCACGAACACUACCUGGCACUGAAAAUGAACAUGCAAGAGAACUCUCGGGUCUUGGACGUCGGAUGUGGUGUCGGUGGACCAGCCCGGGAAAUGAUCCGUUUUACAGGCGCCAACGUGGUGGGAUUGAACAACAACGACUAUCAGAUCGAACGAUCGAUGCGUUAUGCUCAAAAGGAGGGCCUGGCAGACAAGUGGAGCGCCGUCAAGGGCGACUUCAUGCAGAUGUCGUUCCCGGACAACAGCUUUGACGCCGUCUACGCCAUCGAGGCGACGGUGCAUGCGCCCAGUCUCCAGGGUGUGUAUGAGCAGAUCUUCCGUGUGCUGAAGCCUGGAGGUGUCUUUGGUGUGUACGAGUGGCUCAUGACCGACAACUACGACAACGACAACCCACACCACCGGGAGAUCCGACUUGGAAUCGAACAGGGCGACGGCAUUUCGAACAUGGUCACGGUUUCGGAAGGAUUGGCUGCCAUCAAGGCAGCUGGGUUCGAGCUCGAGCACCACGAGGAUCUCGCGGAGCGACCGGAUCCGAUUCCUUGGUACUACCCACUGGCGGGAGACUUCCGAUAUAUGGGCAGUGUGUUUGAUCUGUUCACCAUCGGGCGGAUGACUUGGUGGGGACGAGGGCUGGUGCACAAGUUCAUUGGACUGGGAGAGAAGUUGAGGAUGAUGCCUCAAGGUACGCAGAAGACUGCGGACAGUUUGGCACUUGCCGCCGACUGUCUUGUGGCGGGAGGAAAGGAAAAGCUCUUCACCCCGAUGUACUUGAUUGUCGCCCGAAAGCCCGCCACAUCUUGA